GCAAUAAUCAACAGUCUUUAGGUAUUGGAAUAACGUGUCUAAUCCGGAGCAGUUUUCAAAAUGAAAAUAACUAUCGCUUUAUUGGCCUGCAUAGGCUUAGUGGCUGCGACGAGCUUCCACAGUACACAUGAAGUCAAAGUCGCCGACAAGGAUUUCUUGGAGAAACAAAAGUUCUUGUUCGAAAUUGUUUACCGUGUUGAGGACCCAUUAAUGUUUGAGGAAUAUAUUAAACUCGGUGAUAAAUUUGUUGUUGACAAGUCCUACUAUAGUCACUAUGACUUCUAUAUGGAGAAAUUCUGGGAAUCCUAUAAAAUGGGUGCUCUAUUGCCCAAAGGCGAAUUCUUUGGCGCUCUUGUCAAGACUCAUCACAAACAAGCUUGGGGUCUCUUUAACUUCUUUUACUAUGCCAAGGAUUGGGAAACCUUCCUCCAUAAUGUAUGCUGGGCCCGUAUGCACGUUAACGAAGGCAUGUUUGUUUAUGCCCUUACUUUGGCUGUUAUUCAUCGCGAUGACUUCCAUGGUUUGAUUUUGCCAUCCAUCUACGAAAUUUUCCCACAAUACUUCUUCAACAGUAAAUUCGUAUUCGAGGCUGAAAAGUUUGACUACGAUGUUUGGAGCAAGUACAUUAUGUACGAAAAGGAAUUGUAUGAUGUAUACUACAAGAACCCCAAAUAUUUCAACCAUGGUGACUAUGUGUACAUGAAAGACUGGAAGAUGUGGCAAUGGUGGAAAUUGAUGGGUCUUGGUCAACACUGGUAUGCUGAAGAAAAAUAUAUGCUUCGUGAAAACAUCUAUGAAUUCAACCAAGAUCCUAAAUGGAACUUGAUGUUACAAGACCUCAAGUUGUGGUACAUGCCCGUCGAUUAUACUCGUGAUAUUGAGUUUUACAACGAAGAGUCCAGUCUUUCCUACUUCACUGAAGAUUUGGGUUGGAACGCUUACUGGUACUAUUUGAACAUGGACUACGCCUUCUUCUUAGACGGCAAGACUUUCGGUUUGAACAAAGAUCGUCGUGGCGAAUACUGGAUGUAUAAUGUCCAACAAUUGAUUUCUCGCUACUAUAUGGAACGUUUGUCUCAUGGCUUCGGUGAAAUUCCCGAAUUCUUUUGGUUCCACGAAAUUGAAUACGGCUACGAUCCACAAUUGAUUAACUACAACGGUGUUGGUUUCAGCUACCGUAAAAACUACUGGGAUGUUCAAACCUACACUAACUUCGAUAUGUUUAACAAAGUCUACGGUAUGUUCAAGCGCAUCUACGAAGUCAUUGAUUUAGGUUAUUAUAAGAUGGUCGAUGGUACCAUUGUUGACUUGCGUAAACCCGAAUCAAUUGAAUACCUAGGAAGCUUGUUGCAAGGCAACAUCGAUACUUUCGACAAAUACUUCUUAAGCUACUGGUACAUGCUCUCUCACAUGUACUUCAGUGAAGUUGACUACCAUGACUACGAGGUCUAUCCCAAUGUUCUCCUCAACUUUGAAACCAUGUUGCGUGAUCCCAUGUUCUACAUGUUCCACAGCAAGAUCGCCAACGCCUUCUUCCACUUUAAAUACUACCUCGAACCUUACACUAAGGAACAACUCAUGUUCCCCGGUGUUUACAUUAAGGAUGUCCAUGUAACCGACUUGGUCACCUACUUCGAUUUAGUAGACUUUGAUGUUACCAAUUUAUUGAAUGAUGAGAUGCACUUUGUUGAUGGCAAAUUUGUGUGGGACAAAUCACUCAUGGCUCGUCAAAUGCGUUUGAACCAUAAACCAUUCACCUUUGAAUUCACCAUUGAAUCCGACAAGGUACAAAAGGCUGUAAUCCGUACCUUUAUUGGUCCUAAAUACGAUGAAUUCGGACGCGUCCUACCUUUGACUGAAAAUCGUGAAAACUUCUUCGAGCUUGAUAACUUUGUUUACGAGUUAACUGCCGGCAAGAACUUCUUCAAGCGUAGCUCAAAUGACUUCUACUGGACUACCAAGGACCGUACUACCUACACUGAAUUAUAUCACUAUGUAAUGUUGGCAUUCGAUGGUAAAUACGAAUUCCCAUUGGACAUCAGCGAACCUCAUUGUGGCUUCCCCGAUCGUCUCAUCUUACCCCGUGGUUGGGAAAAGGGUAUGCCUAUGCAAAUGUUCUUCAUGGUCACUCCUUACGAUGCUGUUCACGAACAAUUCUCCACUUUCGACUACACAUACUCUUGUGGUAUCGGUUCUGGUGCUCGUUACGUUGACAACAAGCCUUUGUACUAUCCAUUCGAUCGUGUCAUCGAUGAAUACGAAUUCUUCGUUCCCAACAUGUUCUUCAAGGAUGUCAAGAUCUUCCACCAUGACACCUUUGAAACCUACAUGGAACACGACUACAAGAACUACGGUUCCUUCGAUUACACUUUCUACGAAAAUUAUUACACCAAAUACUUCAAGAAUUGAAUUUAUUAAAGACUUUGCCCAUUAUGUUUCGUAAGAUAUAUAAAUAGAUGUAAUAAAUAAGACAAACAAUAAAUUGUUCAUGUUAAAA